AUCCAUACGUAAAAGUAUUCACUUGUCUUAUUGAGCAUCAAGUCCAUUGAUCACUGGCUAAUUUGUUGAAGGUCACAAUAUGAUCGCUCUAGUAGUACUGCUUGGGUUGGUUAUGCCAUAUCUGGCUGGAGUUCAAGGAACAUGUGAUCCUGAUGCUGUAAAACAAAUUAAAGCAUUUUGGAAUGGAAAACCUCCACUAAACAAUUUGGAAAAGUUGAAUGGAGUUUUAACUUACCUAACGGCCCCUGGUUACUUCACCGGGAGCCAGGAAGAUAUUCAGUGCUUCCAAAGUAACUUUAACGAAAAUGGUUCAGCGUUCGACGUGGUUAUUACCCACAAUGAAGAAACAACAGCCGAUGUAGUAUAUCAAGUAACAGACAACGGAGAUGGAACACUUACUCUAACAAGCCCAGAUUUCCCAUCAACAGAGACAGUCUACGUCGUUUAUUUUGAUAACCAGGUGUUGGCUUAUUUCAACUGCCAAGAUUCAGCAAGCGAAACUUACAAGGGGUUUGCUGGAGUUGGAGUGGUGAAUGCUAACAAUAGUGAAAUAGAGUUCUCACCAACCAUUCUCAAGGGUCUGAAGGAAGCUGAUUCUGCACUCGAGCAAGUGAAGCUAGUUCCACUAGCUGGCAUUGACACAAGCUGUGGGAACUGAGCAUAUAAUGUGGAAACUGUUGUAAUUAUGUAUGAACGUGUGGUAAAAUAUUGGUUGUAUCAAAAUAAAAGUUAGUAACCUCCUCACAAA